GUGGUCGACGCUAUUAUUCUCUCUUGCCUCUCCAGCCCCCCUUUCGCCCGUGUGCUACGACCAUGUCGCCGCCUUCGACGCUGCCCGAGUGCUGGGGUCACCGUGGAGCUUCUGCAGCGUUUCCCGAGAACACGCUGGCGAGUUUUGAGAAAGCUAUCCGCGAUGGCGCCGAGGGCAUCGAGAGCGACGUCCACGUCUCCAUAGAUGACGUGGUGGUUAUGUUUCACGACCCGGCCCUGGACCGGACGACGGAUGGCAAAGGCCUUAUUAGGGAGCAGAUGUGGUACGGCGAAAAUGGAAUGGAACGCUUGAGGACCGUGAAGGAGCCCAAGCAGGCCAUCCCAACAUUUGCCGAGACCAUUGCUCUCCUGAUGGAGCCGGAGAACCGCCACGUCAAGUUUAACGUCGAUGUGAAGGUCCAGAACGACCCGGCCCGGCUGUUCAAGCUCAUGCACGCCAUCAUUUCUGCUCAGCCGGACUGGGAGACGACGCUCGCGCCGCGCAUCCUGCUCGGGCUGUGGCACACCGCGUUCAUCGCACACGCGAAGGCUCAUUUGCCGUACUGCCGGCGCUCGUACAUCGGGAACAGCAUCGAGAUCGCACGCAAGUACUUCUGGGACCACUGCGAGGUGUUCUCGCUCAAGUUCGCGGUGCUCACGACGGCGGAUGGGGAGAAGUUCAGGCGGGAGUGCAAGACCGCGGGGAAGAAAAUCAUGGUGUGGACGGUGAACGAGCCGGUGCAGAUGGUUGAGGCUGUAAGAUGGGGCGUGGAUGUGAUCAUCACUGACGUCACGCAGAAAUGGCUUGAUUUGCGGGGCGCUCUGCGCGUGGACUACGACAAGAUUGCGGCGCGGCAUGGGCGCACGUUCCUGUGGACCAAGUGGGAGUACUGGCCGCCGGCGCGGAUCCUGGAUACGUGGUCGAACAGCAAGGAGGUGGAGGCGUUUGCGGGGCCGUUCAUGCAGGAGAUCACGUUCCCGCGCGUAUCGGCGUCUGCAUGAGCGUCGGGUGGCGGUUGCCGUGCUUUCUCCUUUCACGUUUCUUACAGCUCAGACAUUUUAGACACUCGUAAUGCGAUAGAUAUGAUUUCAGAGACUCGACUUGCGUUUGUGUGCUUGGGUACGGGUUGGGGUUCACUUCCUCGUUGUCGGAUUGGCUGUCUUGUGCUGAGGACGAAUUGAACGCACUUGUUUUU